GCCGCGGCCGCCGGGGCCGCCUCCGGGCCGGCCGAAGCGGAGGGGGACCCUUCCAAGGAGAUGGAAUGCAAGCUGAAGAGCAUCACGGUGUCGGCGCUGCCUUUCCUGCGGGAGAACGACCUGAGCAUCAUGCACAGCCCCUCGGCCUCCGAGCCCAAGCUCCUCUUCUCGGUGCGCAACGACUUCCCCGGCGAGAUGGUGGUGGUCGACGACCUGGAGAACACCGAGCUGCCCUACUUCGUGCUGG